AUGGCGCGGUUUACUUCGAAGCUCGUCAUUAAAUUCCUAACACUUUUCUCAUUUAAAUUUAUAAAUUUCCGGUAUUCCGCAAAAUGUAAACAGUGUGAUAAAACCUUUUCACGAAAAGGAGGUGGCACUACUUCGCUUAAACUUCAUCUUAAAUCAAAACACGGUGAUAAGUACGAAGAACUUUUGUUACUAGAAAAAGAUAUCCAACAAAUACCACAUACCACGAAACAGCUGACACCAUUACAAGAGUGUAAAAAACAGCUGUCAAUAACAGAUUCUUUAAAAAAUAAAGGCGCCUGGGAUGAAAAUGUGUGGUCAGAGCCCAGCUCAAAUGUAUCGUUACUUAGUCUUACUGCUCAUGGCAUCACCAAUAAAUAUGAAAGAGUUUCUAUAAUACUCAAGUGUGAACAAUUAGAGGGUCGGCACACAGGUGAAAUUAUAGCAAAUAAUUUAAACAAUAUUUUGAAAGAUUGGGGCUUAAGCACGGAAUCAGUUCAUUGUAUUUUACGCGACAGAGGAUCUAAUAUGAUAAAAGCUAUGAAUAUGGCCAAUUUCACUGAUGCAAACUGUACUAUUCAUCAACUACAAUUAUGUGUGCGAUCAACGAUGGAAAUCGAAGAAUUUCUCUCAUGGAACGCGACGUAUUAUAUGAUGAAAAGAAUAUUGACAUUAAAAGACUCCUUAGUACUGUAUUCGGGCGCGCAUGAUAUACCAAUUCUUAAUGCUGAUGAAUGGCUCGACUUGAAAAAGUGUGUUGCAAUACUAAAGCCGUUCGAAGAAAUUACAAAGGAGUUAAGUAGUGCUACUGCAACAAUAGCAUCAGUGAUUCCAUUAAUAUAUACUCUUAAAAACACACUAGAAACAGAGAAGAGUAAAGAAGAGACUUCUGAGAACUUCAAAUUAAUGAUUACGAAAAUGAUCCAAGACAUCAAUGUCAGAUUUCAGGAUAUUGAAAAUAAUAAAAUAUAUACAAUAGCUACUUAUCUAGAUCCACGGUUUAAACUCAAGUUUUUUACUGAAAUUACGAAGGAACAGGUACAGUCUGAGAUUCUGGGGAUUCUUGGGUGUUCAAAAGCUUCUCGUGAUGAAGGUCCUUCUUCACCUAAGAGAUCACGGAAUGAGAUUCCGACAACAAGCUCAAGCAACUAUUCACACAUUCAAUCUUGUCUAGCUGAAAUAUUAAGCUUAAGUGACGAGGAAGAGCAAAACAUAGAUUGUGGUGAUGGUGUGCACAAUCAAUUUAUUGUUAAAAAGACAUUACUAAAUGAAUACAACAGGGAGAAACGAUUGACACUCAAUGAAGAUCCACUUUUAUGGUGGAAAAUGCAUACCAAGUACCAUUGCUUAAGUGAUUUAGUAAGACAGUACCUUUCUCCACCUCCUGGAAGUGUACCAAGUGAGCAGCUUUUCAGUGCAGCUGGGUUAAUUUAUGACCCCUUAAGAAAUCGACUUUCUGGUGAUAAGGCUGCGAAAUUGCUUUUUGUUAAGUAUAAUUUACCUUUGCUUAGUUUCGACUAUUAA